CCUUUCAGAAUGAAUUCACCAUUUUUCAGCCCUCUACCCUUGUUCCUUCACAAUCCAUGAUUCUGUUUCUUCUAGGAAUCAAUUUCUUCUUUCUUCCUCUCUUUUCUUGAAACCUACCUAUUCAACCCCACCAAUGGCUUCUUUAAUUGAUCUUAAUCUCUACCCUGAUCCUCCUAACACCGCCACUAUCGCCACCGGCUACGCCACCACUGCUGCUACCUUAAUCACCCCAAAAAUCGAGCCCAAAUUGGAACCUCUCGACCAACCACUUGAUGUCCCCCCACAACCCUACCUAGCUUCUAUCCCUAUCCCUAACCCUAACCCUAACCCUACUUUCACUCUCAUUCCACAGCACCCCACUCUAGUUCCGGACUCCAAUCUUUUCGGCGCUCACCCGGAAGUAGACCAAAACAAUGUCUAUUCUGAAUUCCACAGGAUAUCAGAGUUGUUUCGGACGGCAUUUGCCAAGAACAUGGAUAAAUACGAUGACAUUCAGGCUUCAGAUCCCGACUCACAAGCAAUCGUGUCGGUUCCCGCAGAAAAUCAGCUUUCUCCCGUCGUUGUUUCUUCUCGCCGCAAGUACCCAGCUCGGUCGUCUGAAUUGGUUAGGGUUACCAACCUGGGAAUUCAGGACGAGAGGUAUUUUCGAGACGUGGUGAGGAAAACAAGGAUGAUUUAUGACUCUCUUAGGGUAUUAGUUGUGAUGGAAGAUGAUAAACGUAGGUCUUUUGGAAUUGCACGUUGUCCCCGCGCCCGGGGCGACUUGAAGGCUGCUUCGGUUAUGAAAGACCGCGGUCUUUGGUUGAACCGUGAUAAGCGGAUUGUUGGUGCAAUUCCUGGGGUUCAUAUUGGGGAUGUUUUCUUUUUCAGAAUGGAAUUAUGUGUUGUCGGAAUGCACGGCCAAGCUCAGGCAGGGAUUGAUUACUUGACCUCAAGUCAGAGCUCCAAUGGGGAGCCAAUUGCUACCAGUGUGAUUGUUUCAGGUGGCUAUGAAGAUGAUGAAGAUGCUGGUGAUGUGAUCGUAUAUACUGGUCAUGGCGGACAAGAUAAGAAUUCGAGGCAAGUGGUUCAUCAGAAAUUGGAAGGUGGGAAUCUUGCUAUGGAAAGAAGUAUGCAUUAUGGAAUUGAAGUACGAGUCAUUCGUGGGUUCAGGUACGAAGGUAGUGCCAGUGGGAAAGUUUACGUUUAUGACGGGCUGUAUAAAAUUGUUGAAGCAUGGUUUGAUGUGGGUAAAUCUGGUUUCGGGGUGUUUAAGUUCAAGCUUGUUAGAAUGGAAAAUCAAUCUGAAAUGGGCAGUGCAACUCUUAAGUUUGCAGAGAAUCUUAGAACCAGGCCUUUAGAGGUUAGGCCUGUGGGAUAUGUCAGUUUUGAUAUUUCAAUGAACAAAGAGAAGGCCCCAGUGUUUCUAUUCAAUGACAUUGAUGGUAAUCAUGAGCCAAUGUACUAUGAUUAUUUAGUGACAACUGUUUCCCCGCCCUUUGUGUAUCACCUUGGGGGGAAGGCCGGUGGGUGUAAUUGUGUGUCCGGAUGUUCACAUGAUUGUUUUUGUGCGAAGAAGAAUGGGGGUGAAUUUGCUUAUGAUUCAAACGGCCUUCUUGUGAGAGGAAAACCAUUGAUAUUUGAAUGUGGACCGCACUGCCGUUGUCCUCCCAGUUGUCAAAAUCGUGUCAGCCAAAAUGGUUUGAGGAAUAGAUUUGAAGUGUUUAGAUCGAGGGAAACUGGUUGGGGAGUUAGAUCACUGGACUUGAUACAAGCUGGUUCUUUUAUUUGUGAAUAUACUGGAGUUGUUCUCACAAGAGAGCAAGCCCAACUUUUUACCAUGAAUGGGGAUAGUUUAGUCUACCCAAACCGAUUUGGGGAGAGAUGGGCAGAAUGGGGAGAUUUGUCCCAAAUAUUUUCCGACUAUGUACGCCCAUCAUACCCAUCGGUUCCUCCUUUGGAUUUUGCUAUGGAUGUUUCUAGAAUGAGGAAUCUUGCUUGUUAUAUGAGCCACAGCUCAUGUCCAAAUGUCUUAGUGCAGUUGGUGCUGUAUGAUCACUCAAAUUUUGCGUUUCCUCACCUUAUGCUUUUUGCUAUGGAGAAUAUUCCUCCGUUACGAGAGCUUAGUCUUGAUUAUGGGGCGUCAGAUGAGUGGAUGGGGAAGCUAUCCAUUUGUAAUUAAAUCGAUUCCGAUUUUGGGUUUGCUUUUGUGUAUCUCUCAAUGCAGAUUCUGGGAGGCAUGAUGCACCGAGACAGGUACCUAGAAGAUGUUUUGUUGGCAGCUCAAGAGUCUGAAGUCUGUCAUCUCUCUGUGACUAAUAAGUAAAGGGUUUAGAAGUAGCAAGUAUAAAAAGAUGUUGGGUUUCAGCUGAUGGUGAUUCUGGUAUGAUGAUGGCACUGACAUAAGAGGAAAGGGGAUUUGGGGACUAAAACUUUGGAAGGAAUGGAUAGUUGCGGAUUCACUUUUGCAAAGAGGAGUAUGGGAUUGAUUGUGGAGGGUGAUGAAGAUGAUCUUCAUAAAUUCAAGAAUUUGGGAACUGAAGAAGAGAAUGCAAAAGACCAGAUCGAACCACCAAGUCCUAAAAUGUAUCUUGCUACAGGGCUUGGGAUUGAUGGUAUGGGAGGUUUCAAUGAGAGUGGUGAUGUCGAGGAGGAGUACUACUAUAAGAUGAUGAUGUCCGAGGGAGAUCUUACUGGGGCUGAGGAUUACUAUUUUCGUGCUACAAUAAAAGAUCCUAAUGAUGGUGAAAUUCUGAUGCAAUACGCUAAGUUAGUCUGGGAGCUUCAUCGUGACCAGGAUAGAGCCUUAAGUUACUUUGAGAGAGCUGUUUAUGCUGCUCCCGGAGACUGUAAUAUUCUUGCAGCAUAUGCUAGCUUUCUGUGGGAUAUAGACCAAGUACAAGAUGAAUCUUAUUCAG